AUGAAAAACAAAAAGGAAGACAAGCUUUGUAUGGUUUGCGGCGAUUUGGCCACAGGGUAUCAUUUCCAUGCCAUCACUUGUGAAGCGUGUAAACUAUUUUUCAAGAGAAAUGCUAUGAAAAAUGAGGAACUAUAUCAUUGCUUUUUGGGCAAUAAAUGUAACAUAAAUGUGAACACUAGGAACAGCUGUAAGCCAUGUCGCCUAGCUAAAUGUUUUGCAGUCGGAAUGAAAAGUAAUGCAUUUCAAACUGAAGAGCAAAAACAAAUGCGAAAAACUAUUAGAAAGCGAGACAUUAAUUAUCGGUCGGAAACCAGUGAUGAAAACAGUACUUCCAAUAAAUACCCAUCGCAUCAGACAUCGGAUGAUGUUAUUUAUGAUAACUUUCCAAAUGUUUUAGCAGACAGUGAAUUAUCACUGAAAACCACAAACGCUUAUGACUUGAAUCUGUCGGUCAUACCUGUUAUGAAACCCAUCACUGAUUAUAACAAUCAGUUCAAUGAAUUAGAGGGCAAUCGGUUGAGUGAACUCUUGGAUGCUCUGAAGGUUAUGAUGAAUCCUAUGGUCAACGUUAAUGAUAAUGAAAUAAACGCUUAUUCUGUCGAUGCCUUCAAUUUGAUACUUCGGUGUCAGGAGAAUGGUCUCCAAAAUAAUGUCCAAAUGGCUAAACGUUUGAAUGGAUUUAAAUCGCUGUGUGAGCAUGAUCAAUUGACUUUAAUUAAAUACGCGUCCAUUGAAAUCGUUGUCUUGCGAAUGAUAUUAACUUUUGACUUUAAUAAAUUAUGCUGGUCAUUUAACAUAAAUAAUCACAAUCAUAUUGUGAAACUCCAUUUAACUGCCAUUAUAUUGUUUAAUCCGAAUCGACCUAGCCUCAUUAACAAAACUGCCAUAAAAUUACAGUAUUAUAUUUAUGUUCAUUUACUUCAACGGUAUCUACAAUUGAGAUAUAGAUCGGAUGAAUUAUCUGUGAAAGGGUAUCAUUUCCGUGCGAUCACUUGCGAAGCGUGUAAACUAUUCUUCAGGAGAAACGCACCCAAGCAUGGGAAUUCGUUCAAUACUGAUGAUCAGGAGCAAUUGAAAAAUCUGACCGUUAAUGACAGCACCAAAUUGAAA